AUGUCGAGGAUCUAUUUGCCGCUGCUGCUGGUGCAGCUGCUGUUGCAGUUUGCUUCAGUUGCCUAUGGCUCUUCUGGUGCAGGGUUGUGGAACUCUCUAGCCAAUGAGGUGGAGGUACAGGGAGGAACCGUCACGGCAGGAAGCGAGGGCGCAGGCGUUGCUGCAGAAGGCCCCUUAGGUCCCGGUCAAAUGAGAUCGGGAGACGUGGUGCAGACUGCUGCAUCGAAUGCGGAGAUGCAGAAAACCCGAUUGUUGCAGCAGCAGAAGCGGCAGCUGGUUGGUUCCAUUGUGUCCCCCAUCAUGUCCUUUGUGGUGUUGAUGCUGUUGUAUUUCUUUGCUUAUAUUUCCUUUGUCGCUAUAUUCUCCCAAUAUUUUCGCUUCAAAGUCCUCAGCUUGGUCAAGUACCUCGCGCAGAAGCUGCAUGGGGCGGAGCAACUCAAUUCGGAACAGCCUGAGAGGAAGCUACGUCAGGAAGAGCAGCCGGGAAGCGAAGUUGAUGUUGCGUCAACCGAAAGCAGCCGCUGA